AGCUUCGGUAUCGCUUUAAUUAAUAUAUUUCCCCCAUAAGUAGGGUUUCGUUAAAAGGCAUACAGACUGUGAAACGGUGAACAUAUUAGAGUUCCGUAUAAGACCUAACCCUGCAGACAGCAACAGCCAUGUCGCCUAGCUGUACUUAAUUUUCUGCCGCGUUGGGCAAUCCUGGGGCCCAGUGGAGUCGGCGCUAUGAUGCUGCUGCCCAUCCUUGCCUUUAUCAGUUGGUGCUUUGCAGCAGACGCAGCUACAAGCUGCUCUUUUGACUCGCCAAUAAAUGGUUGCAGCUUUAAUUGGACAACAUUCGCUGCCGAGAAUUUCCCGAACUCGGCGCUUCAUGCCUCAAUUGCUGGCGUGCGAGCCAACACUCAAGAAUGCCUUGUGCAUGCGAAAGGAUCCGUGUUUGUACCUCAUGUCAGCGACAUGGACAUAUCAACGUUGCGCGCUGCUGGUGACGUCGCUCGCUUCUGCCCAUCGGCUGGCUGCAAGCUCUACAAAAUACAAGAUCCCAGGCUUCUUGAUCCUUACGGAAUGUCAGUUUUCCUACCUUGUGUUUCCUCUUCCGCCCCAUCUUCGGUUGCCGACUUUUUCCUUUCUGAUGGGGACUGUGCCAACGAUGCCCUUGCCAAGCGCCAGAAUGAGCAAGGGAAAAUUGUUGACAUGACCAAUCAAGACGUGCUAGAAACGAUGUGGUGGACCUCGGCAUGCCUAAAUCGCACAAGCACCACAAAGCGGGUGUUUGCAGCCAUCUUAGCACCUGUCCUCGGGGACAGUCCGGCGCGUGUCUACAACGCAUUAAGCGAUUUCCUUUCGGCCAGUGACCUCUGCAUGGAUUCAGCAGCUUUCAACGUGUCAUGCUCAGAGCGCUUACUCGGGCUUCAUCCACCAAAUAGUACUUCCUGUGAUGCGCAAGACGUUAACGACCUCGAAGGUUGUUGUGGGCUGCAAGACACCCUCAACGGGGCUAACUUGGGCGUCUCUGGGAGGCUUCCAUCCGACUUUACCCUCGCUCGCAACAGGACGAAUCUCUCGGACAACCCCCAGCUCUGCGGACUCGUCUCUACAAUGUCUCCAAGGUCGCGGCUGUCUAACAGCCCGCCGCCGUAUGUUGAGCUAUACAACAGCAAGGUUCAGUUAGACCUGCCAGCACUGCAAGACCAGUACCCUCGCUACGCGCUCCAUGUCAUAUCCUGGCUUGGCAAUUGCUCCUUGACUCGGGACAACCUGGCUGUAAAGCCGCUGGAUGAUGCUACAGGUGUGCUGGCAUGCGCGCUCUUAAAGUACAACGGAUUAACCAUCCAGGCGCCGCUGGCAGAUCCAUCCAUUGCAGUCCGCCACCCCUACCAGCAGUUGCUGGUGAUCCAUAUGGAUAAUGACAAUCAGGCCCGAGCGCUGGAGGAGUAUAACGCCUUUGUGAAGCUGGUGUCUACCGGGCUGCUGUGUGGGCCGUCAGGGGAGCUCUACCGGGCAGUCAAGGUUGUCAUUACAUUUGCUUGCGCUUUCGGAGCUGCCGCAGUUUGGACCUUCAUCAGCCGAUGUACAGGGUGGCUGUGGGCACAGUGUGCAGCAGGGAGGAGCCCCUUGUGGAAUGCCGUGUUGUUCAUCGUUGACGUUGGCCCCUUGCUGUAUGACGAAGUAUCGGACUGGCUGUUUGUGUCAGCGCUUGUGUCGUACGGCAACGUCUUCGGCACUGCCAUUCUGGUAGGCCUCUUAGUGCUGAAAAAUGGCAUUAUAUGCGCUGUCGUUGGUGGAAUCAUUUUGUUUAGUGAAUGGUUUGGGCCGAAGGAAGAUUUGGAGGGGCAGAAGCAAGGAGGGACAGGAGGGACAGGAGGGGCAGGACGGACAGGGACGAGAAGGAAAUGGGUCCUCCUUAUUGGUUUAAUCAUCGUGUUGUUGGGGCUUGUGAUGCUGGGGGGUGGAGCCUAUGGUGCAGUGCAGAAUGUGGGUAGGGUCAACGCCAGCCGCAAGGGAAGGUUUUGCUACGAGGACGCCCUGCUCCUCAUGGAGUGGGGCAUUGGCUUGUCAGCGCCCGGCAUAGUCGCGGACAUGACGUAUGCGGUCUUCCUUCGCUUCAAGGCCGCCGAGGAGGGUAGGAAUGGCCCAAAACCAGCGACUGAAGCGUAUGAGCGGCUGCAUAUAUCGUUCUGCGCGGCAGAGGAUUUUCCGCAAGCCAUUGCACAGGCUAUCCUAUGGGUGAAGGGCUUAGCCCUUACCACCACAACGGACUUCCUCAUAUCUGCAGCCCCUGCGUACUACGGAAUCUCCAUAGUCGUGCUGAGGUUGUCUCUGAAUCGCCUGCGGCGGACACAAGAGCAGGAGUCGAAUACGGUCGCCAGUCCGUAGGCGAUGUGGAUGUUCUGGUAGGUAGGUAGGUAGGUAGGUAGGUAGAGGCGGUUCGAAUGUAAAAUCUGAGUUGUGAUACCUACCUAACAUUAACAAUUUAGCAUUAUUGGGGGGCAAUUAAGGACACGGGUGGUCUAAACCCAUGUGUCGUUGACCACGACAUGAC